CAGAUUAUGGUUACUCUUUCUUUACAAUUCCCGCGAUCCGGUCCCGGCACGACGUCCGUACAUACCUCUCGUGCGCCGACUCGGAGCAGCAUCGACACCCGAGAGAUAAGAUAAAUCUCCUUCUCUUACCCGCCGGCAGACCCCCUCACGGUCAGGCACCAUGAUGCACAACACGAUCCAGCGGGAGAUCCAGGGGGAGAACCGGCGGUGGCUCCUGCUCCGGCUGAUGGAGGAAGGCCGCGUCGACCCGCCGGCUCCUGCUCCAUCUCCGAUCUUCCGUCACCGUGCCAACAUCUUCGUCCGGUGUGCUUUAACCAUGCUGAGCCUGGCGAUACUGGCCUCCUUGUUCGUGCUCAAGUACAGGUACCACGACCCCGAGCUGCAGCAUCCUCUCCUCAUGGCGCUCUGUGUCUUUCUAGCUCUCGGCUUCAUUCCAGCCGGGUUCCUAUGUACUCAAGACUAAUUGCUUUACGUCCAAACUUAGAUUAUUGUUUGUUUGGGAGAUUAGGCAGGCUUGUUAUAUACCCUUAUUUCUUCUUCUUCUUCUUCUUCUUCUUCUUCUUCUUUUUCAGGGAGUG